CUCACUCACUGCAACAAGUCAGGGGACUGAGGGGAGAGAGAAUGCUGCUCGUUUGCUAAAGAGAACCAAGACAUAGUUCCCAUGUGCUGUGUGUAUUUCACACUGAAACUAACACAAUCAACUGAGAGCCCAUCGCUCCCUGGAUACCUGCAGCAGACAAGCAUCACUGCGCAUGAGGAAAACCAGUCCUGAUUAUACUGUAUCCCAUUCUGCCAUGGACGUACCUUUUGUAGGACCUCAACUUACCUGAUUCCAAAAACGCCAUAAAUAGCACAGAGAGAACAAAAUAAGUAUUGGAUUUUAAAACCCUGGAGAUCUGUUGGGAUUGUAAAAGGUUGCAGUAUUCCUGGGUAUAAGGAGCUAUGGGAAUGUACACAUGUGCCAAGCUGAUGAUCUGCUUAUUCACUGUGAUGCAUUUGCACGGUUUGGGAGGAGGUUCUGCCCUUGUGUUACCAGACAGUAGGACUCACCCCAGGUCUCUGGAGAAGAGUGCAUGGAGGACCUACAAAGAGUCACAGUGUCACCAUAUGCUAAAACAUCUUCACAAUGGUGCUCGGGUAACUGUGCAAAUGCCACCAAAUAUCGAAGGACAUUGGGUCUCUACAGGAUGUGAAGUUCGAUCUGGCCCAGAAUUCCUGACAAGGUCGUACAUAUUUUCUAACAAUAAUACUUUCAAAGCCUAUCAGUUUUAUUAUGGAGGUAACCACUGUACAAACCCAACCUACACUUUGGUUAUUCGUGGUAAAAUUCGUCUUCGCCAGGCUUCAUGGAUUGUGCGAGGUGGGACAGAAGCCGAUUACCAACUGCAUAAUGUGCAGAUCAUUCCACAUAGUGAGCAAGUGGUGGAAAAACUCUCCUGGAUGAUGAACCAAUCUUGUGCCGGUUUAGUACCUGCAAAUGGAUCAUGGGAAGUAGAUGUGAGCCAUGAUUUGUGGCGAGAAGACACAGGGUUUAAGUGUAUAAAACCGCUGAACUUUGCCAUGCAUGAGCUUCAGCUUAUUCGAGUAGAGAAGCAGUAUCUGCAUCACAACCUGGAUCAUUUAGUAGAAGAACUUUUCCUUGGAGAUGUUCAUACUGAUGUCUCACAGAGGAUGUAUUAUCGACCAUCUAGUUACCAAGCUGCUCUACAAAAUGCCAAGAACCAUGACCAGUCUUGCAUCGCCUGCAGAAUCAUCUCCCGCUCAGAUGAAUAUCACCCUCCAAUUCUCCCUCCCAAAGCAGACCUGACGGUUGGACUAAAUGGGGAGUGGGUAAGCCAGAGGUGUGAAGUACGACCUGAAGUCCUCUUCCUCACAAGACAUUUCAUCUUCCACGAUAAUAACCACACCUGGGAAGGAUUUUACUAUCAUUAUUCAGAUCCAAUCUGCAAGCACCCUACUUUUACCAUCUAUGCCAAGGGCCGGUAUAGCAGGGGAGUGCACUCGUCUAAAGUCAUGGGCGGAACUGAAUUUGUGUUUAAAGUAAAUCACAUGAAGGUGACACCCAUGGAUUUCGCUACAGCUUCUUUGCUAAACGUAUUUAAUGGUGAUGAAUGUGGGGCUGAAGGUUCGUGGCAAGUUGGAAUAGAGCAAGACGUUACUCACACCAAUGGCUGUGUAGCCCUAGGUAUCCGUCUCCCUCACACAGAAUAUGAGCUGUUUAGAAUGGAGCAAGAUGCCAGAGGAAGAUACUUGCUUUUCAAUGGCCAAAGGCCGAGUGAUGGCUCCAGCCCAGACAGACCAGAGAGAAGAGCAACAUCAUAUCAAGUACCACUUGUACAAUGUGCCUCCUCAAGUAUAAGGCACGAGGCCACAAUGGAAGGGCACCAGCGCUUUCUCAUCAAAAAUUUUGCAGCCAGCAUCUUCCUUCCUGGUGUAUUUUUCCAAAGCCUUCUUAUCUUUAUUUGUACUUUAACAUAUUCAGUCAUUCUCAGCUAAAAAUAAUAAGAAAGAUUUUGUCAAACGUAAUUAUCAUGGGACCAAAACUUCUCUUUCUUUGAAGAAAGGACAUUUGUUUACUUGACGCACUUGGAUGCCUGAGAACUGUUGUCAGCAUUGUUGUUCCUCUCCCCCUGUUAUCCCUCCCUUUCACCUCUUCCUCUGGCCUUCUUUUUAGAUGGUUAACCCAUUGUGUUUGAAGUUUGGGCUUUGAACUUUACCCAGCCUGACCCAGCCUUAUGUGACUGCUCAGCUGUAAUUGCACUUUAGGUUGGCAGGCAUAUUUCUACUUAUAUUUUGCCGAAGCAAAAGCCGUUUACACACCAGUGAAGCUCAAAUUUUGUCUGUGCCAUAUUGCUGUUUAGAACUUUCUAAAAGAAAAAAUACAUAUUCCUAACAAGAUUUAUCCUGCUACUUAAAAAUUAACUCAAACUUUUUCUGCUGCCUAAGGAUACUACAGCUAUAACCUACUGGCAACAAAGGAGUUAAAAAUAGUGUUGUAUAUAUGUGGGUAAUGUAUAUAAAUAUAUAUGAAAAAUGCAAUGAUUUAUCUGGACAUAUUACAUGUUUUAAACCAAAGAACAAAGACAUGGCUAGUUUUAAUGUAAGUGUAGAUAUAUGUAGAAUUUACAAAUGCAAGAUAAUUUAAUAUUAUCAUUCUUAUAUUUUUUAAAAAAGAAAUGUAAAUUUCUGAGACAAGCUUAUUAAGACAAUCAUGAAUGUUCUGUUCAUGUUUAGUUUAUUUAUACAUUUGUAAUAACUUAGAAAAAAAAAUAUUUCUUUAGAAAGAAACUUCCUAUGUCUCAUACUGGUAAUGUAAAAAGAAUACUUCAACUCACUAAGACAAGCUUGUUUCUGUGCAUUAUUUUAAUUUGCUUGGUAAAUCAGUUUUGGGCAAGAUAUACAACAUUACAGAAACCAUCGGUGUUAGUAAUAAACUUGUAAGUUAAUUUCCAAUAAAUUGCCAUCAGGUUAUUGUUUUUUGUUUGUUUUUUUGUUUUGUUUUUUUUUGGGGGGGGGUUCUAAGGGAAAAAGAAAAUACAUUAAUAAUCUGUCUGACUAUAGCAGUGACCUGAUAGUGUAGUGGACAAGUAAGACGUUGCAGUAAAUCAGCAAGAAAUUAGUAUUUUUCCUGGCUAACAUUAUGUAGACUAGUAACUUUUUUUCUUCUGGGAUAGUAACUUUUCUUCCCUAACUCGUAAAGUAAAAUGAUACUCCUAAAUAUAUAGUAACACAGUCGGUGGUCUGAUUCACCAAAAUAGUCAACCACCUACUACGUUUAUGUCAUAGAAUUGUGUGGCUACAAGAAUUUUCACAACUAUAGUGCCAAUUUAUUAAACUUACCUUUUUCCCUAAAUCUUUAACUUUAAUAAAUUUGCACUAUAGUUAUGAAAAUUCUUGUGAGUGCUGAAUUCUAUGACAUCUAUAUAAAAAUGUGUGCAUGGGUCAUUGUAUGUAGAGGUAGCCAGAGUUGUACAUUAGAUAGUAUGGGCUAGAUUACAAGUGAAGAGCUAAGUUAUCACACGCCCGCAAAUGGACGAGCUCGCGGUAGCAACUAGCACUCAGAUCUGAUCUCUGGUUAAUUUCUAAAAUAGCCCCAAAAGCCCUCAAAAUAGGGCAUUGUGGUUUUUUUAUUUAAAAAAGUGAAGUUUUUUUUUUUUUUUUUCAAAUAAAAAAACAAAUAAAAAAACAACUGCACUAAGAAGUUUUUAGGGUCUAAAGUUGGCAGGUGUGGAGUGGUAGAAAAAAAACGGCACUGAAAAGUGCCUUUACAUUGCUGUCUAUGGGAACUGUGUGUUCCUGUAAAUAUAUAUGUAUAUGCUUAUAUGCAUAUAUAUUUAUGUGUUAAUAUGUGUAUAUCAGCAUAUACAUAUAUAUAUUUACUUACCCUCUUUGCUGAUGAUGAUGAUGUCUCUGACAGCAUCAGAACGAGGCUCCCAUUUGAACCUAUGGAAGCGCGCUCGCAUGAACACAAUGCGUUUGCAUUGCUGUUAGCUUGUAAUAUCAGCGCACAUAAGCGCUCCACUUGUAAUCUGACCCUAAAUUUGUAUACUAUACAAUAACUGGUGUCUGCAACAACUUUGUGUCCUUAGGUGUUAUGGAUAACAUAGCCAUACUCUGCCAUUGUUAGAUAUUCAACAGAAAAGAUACUAGAGCACCAACACAGUAUCUCUAAACCUAACAAAUCUUUGAAAAUAAAAAAUAAAUAUAUAAAAUUUAAUAAAACAAUUCAAUAGCUUAAUAAUAUGUAAAGCAUAUUAUCAAAAUCUUGACAUAUUGAUUAUAAAAUCCUGCGUGAAAUAUAUAUAUAUUAAAAAUAGUUGCACUAGCACUGCAUAAGAAGGCUAUAUUUCUGGCUGCAUCAUGUCUGCCCAGACUGAUCAAAUAUUACGCGUUUCAUGACACACCCUUCCUUUUGCACUGUUUUUGAAUAAACUCUGAUGGAUAUUGGUUUAUUGAUAAUAUGAAGCACCUGUGCUAUUUGCACACCAACCAUAUAUUUUACUUGUACUGCAGCAAUCAUAAUUGGCAUUUGCUAAUUAGGCGUGUUGUUGAUUUUUGUUGUAUUUGCCAUAUGCAGUAUUGUAAAUCAUAACAACUGUUUUAUUUUAGAAGCCAACGAUUACAAAACGCACUGAUGUUACCUCUAUUCAUCUUUUCUCUAAUGCUUUCAUGAACUGUAAUAAAUUUGUUUUAAAAACCUCUA